AUGAAAACGAGUGUAUGCGGAGAAUCGAGCGGCCUGGGACUAAGUGGGUUAUUGUCUGUCUUGUAUACAGACGGGGGUGAGCAGACGAGGGUUGACGGCUGUGACGUGAAGGUAGCAGUAAUUGGCGGGCUUGGGAGUCACUUGGAGGUUCUGGUUGUGGCGGACCCGAAGGACCUUGCAAAGCCGCGUUCCAAGUUCGACCUUACACAAGAUAGCGUGAGACUGUUGGUGAUUCCGCCCGAAAACUUCGAUGAGUGGUGGGGUGAAGGUGACCAUCUCCCCGAGUACCUGUUUGAUCCGCAGACGAAGCACGGCAACAACGAGAGGACCGAGUUGGACGAACGCGCGGAGCUGCUUACGACACGGGUGGCUGACUACCGCCGAUCCGUGAACUCUUUGGCGACCAGCAUCUGGCACGACUUAGUGGCGCCCAAGAAUCCCCUCGACGCGUUGGACCAGACAGUCGCCGACCGAAUCUUUGAAGACCUUGUGCCGAGGACUAUGGCACCUGCGCAAGCCGUAGAAAAUGCUCCGCGACCCUUUAUAAAGGAGUUGCGGUCGGUCACGAAAGAGGACUACGACUUGCUGUGGAAAGAACACUUCAACCCUAGAGAGACGGACACCAAAAUGCGCCAAGUAGAAUACGACGACUUGACAGCCUUGCACAAGAUUGUGAUGCUUGCUGUAGUUCCCGAGCCGACACCGUGCUCCAAAACGAGCUCAUGCGCCAGUGUGAUCUGCCGGAAAGCGGUGGAAUGGUCCGUCGUGGCCGCGGCCGCUAUAGCACUGCAACAGUCCCUUCAAGCACUAGGCUAUUUGGCCGACGUAAAGAGCAUCUGGAACUCCGCGGCCAACGGCUCUGUCAUGGCCGAUUGUGCCGCCAUGGCACCGAUGGCAGACAAGCUGCAGCAAGAGCUUACUAGCAAGGAUCCUAGUGUCUUACUGAAGAUAUUUGGCAACCAUAGAGACGUGUUUAAGGACCUGGUCGGGAGUGCAGUGGAGGCGGCACGUAACAGUACCCCUCAUCUGCCUGUGGGUGAAUAUGUGAACGAUGAUUUAUACGAUAGGUAUGGUGUGUUUGUGGACCCUCAAACGAAAACUGACCUGCAGUCGUUCCGUACACCGCGUGCCACAUGCGCGGCCAUAACAGCCAAUUCGUAUAGCUGGGACGUCCAGGUCGGCGACAAGCUUAUGUUCACGGACUCCAACAUUUGUGGCUGGGAAAAUGACGGCAUCCUAAUUUGUAGCAACUUGCAAAUUCGAAACCCUCAGUGUUUCCAGUACGUGUCGGGCGACGCGAACCACCCACGCGGUCUCUUCUUCUUGUGGGACAUGAUCGAUAGAAUCUUUGGUCCGGAAAAAGGCAACAAGGAAUGUAGCAUUCAUUGCAUCAACCCGGACAGCUGGAGACAAGAAUUGCUGCGCGAGCGAAACAAGUAUUCAGCCGGAAGGAUGAAUCCGGCUGACGAGAUGCGACUGUUUCGGACAAACCCCGCGUGGCACAAGGUCGAGAAAUCUUUAGAGGCCGUGAAGUUUACGAAUGCCGCCACCUCUACGCAAACCGUUAACUCUACGCAGACCGUUGACUCUACGCAGACCGUUAAGUACACGGAGACCCCUUACUCUACGCAGACCCUUAACUCUACGGAGGCCCCGAACUCUACGCAGGCCGUUGACGUCUACGCAGACCGUUAA